AUGACAGAAGAGGGGGCCUCGAACGCCCUGCCAGACAGUGUCUUCGUUCUGGUCACCGGCGCCAACAGUGGCCUUGGUUUUUCAAUAUGCUGUCGUCUGGUCGAUGACUUCUUAAAAGCGCACCAAAAUUCCAACCAGUCCCUGACCAUCAUCUUCACCACGCGGAGCACCAAGAAGGGGAAUGACACGCUCCUCCGCCUGCAGGACCACCUUCGCACGUCGUCGCCGUCAUCUUCGAAUGCCACAGCGGCUGCACGCGUCACCUUCAUCCCCGAGAAUGUCGACCUGUCGAACCUCGUCUCCGUCCGGGCUCUCUCCCGCCGCCUGAACCAGACCCUCCCCAAGCUCGACGCGAUCGUGCUCAACGCCGGUCUCGGCGGAUGGACAGGCAUCCACUGGCCCAAAGCCAUCUGGGGUGUCCUCACCGACCUCGUCCACGAAGUCUCCUGGCCGUCCUUCAAGCUCGCCCCGGCAGGCAUGGUGACAGACCCGCAGACCAGCCUCGGCGCCGCGGAACCCCGUCUCGGAGCCGUCUUCUGCGCCAACGUCUUCGGCCACUACAUGCUGGCGCACAAUGUGAUGCCGCUGCUGCAGCGGUCUGGCCGGCCCAAUGGGCCCGGGCGCGUGAUCUGGGUGUCCAGCCUUGAGGCGUCGGCGAACCUCUUUGACAUCGACGAUCUCCAGGGCCUCCGCACCCUCGCCCCCUACGAGUCCUCUAAGGCGCUCACCGACAUCCUCGCCCUAACCUCCAACCUCCCCAGCACCGCCCCCUGGGUCCGCAGCUUCUACUCGACCGACGACAUCGACAACGACAGCAACGAUAAAACCCAACAUCUGCAGCCACCAAACACAUACCUCACACACCCAGGCAUCUGCGGCACAGGCAUCCUUCCGCUCUCCUGGCCGCUUUUCUACGCCAUGCUCUGCGCCUUCUGGCUCGCCCGCCUCCUCGGCUCUCCCUGGCACACCGUCUCCACCUACAUGGGCGCCUGCGCCCCCGUCUGGCUGGCGCUCGCCGCCCAGUCCGACCUCGACGCCGCCGAGGCGCCGUACCUGCGCAACGCCGGCGGUAGGGCAAAAUGGGGCUCCUCGUGCUCGUGGUCCGGCCGCGACGCGCCCGCCUCCACCGAGGUCGACGGGUGGGGGUACGGCGGCGUGGUUGGCCCCGCCGUCGUAGCCGGCGACCGGUCGCGGCGCCGGAAGCGCGGUGCCGCGGAUCUUACGGUCGAGGAGAAGGAGCGGUUCGAGGAGCUCGGGCGCAAGUGCUGGCAGCACAUGGAGGAGUUGAGGGUGCAGUGGGAUCAACUCCUGGACCAGGCUGAGGCGCAGGCUGCCACUGCGCCCAAGGCCAAGGCCUGA